UGUUAUGGCGACCACCGGCAACAUCAUCGCUUCAGUCUGGAGACUUUCAGUGCAAGCAUUCGGGUAAAACGCUUUCCAUUGCGACAGAAAGUACCCAGAUCCAGUCAACCAUCGAUAGUUAGAUAUAUGCACGUUCCCCGUUUUUUAUACCGGGGACAUUUUAAUUAUAUUUCCCCGCUUCGCUCCAGACGCGUCGGUGUUCAUUCACAGCUUGAGUCGGGGUCUUAAGCUUUGUCAAGAAGUGACGUUAACGGGACGUGUCAGCCGCCGCUUCACACACCAGCCCCCAACAAACUAUCGGCAUAUUGCCCCCCCCGAGAAAGCAAAAGAAGUGCUGUAAAGAGAGGCAGCUAUUUCACAUGUCUGUGCAAUUCUGACUAUGAUGCUCUUGGUCGCGCUGGGCAUCAUUUCUUCGUUUGCUGUGGUCGCCGCUGAGGAGGCCGAGAUCAUCGACCACGGAGCACCGGCACCGCCGCUUAACCGCAGCAGGAUCUCCCUGCCGCCAGAGCACGUUCCCUACUUCCUCUACAACAACAAGAGGGUCGCCAAGCAGUGCCGCCUGGACCCGCUCUGCCCUUUUAAAGAUGCACUGCGGGAUCUGUCCGCCUGUUGGGGCUACGAGAAGAACUGUGAUCCCGGGAAGCGCUUUAGCUAUCCAGCCUGUACCACAGCUGACCCUGCAUGGGUCCGUUCUCUGGAGGCAGCCCAGGAGCUUUUCUGGAAGCAGGCUGAUUUUGGCUACGUCAAGGAGCGCCGCUCCGAGCUCAAAACGCUGUGCAAGGCCAGCAAGCCAGGGGACUCAUCGUUGCGAUGUAGUAGCCACACUCGCUUCUGUAAGGCGACUAACCUUUACCUGGACCUCCGAAAGCCUCGCAGAAGUCACGAGAGAUACAAGGAGGACUUCAUUCAGACGGGCGAGAUUGGUGGUUGUUGCAAACUGAACAAGCGAUCACUUGCUGCCGGGGGAAAGCACAAGAGCCCCUUACAGUCUUGGUAUGCUGAGCUGCAGACGUACACAGAGCUGGACUUUCAUCCCAUACAGGAUGGACACUGUGAUGUUGUCAUUGAAAAGCCCUCCGUUUUCAUGAAACUGGAUGCUGGGGUGAACAUGUACCACCAUUUCUGUGACUUUGUCAACCUCUACAUCUCCCAGCACAUAAACAACUCCUUCAGCUCCGAUAUCAACAUCAUCAUGUGGGACACGAGUGUUUAUGGUUAUGGGGAUCUGUUCAGUGAAACGUGGAGGGCCUUCUCAGAAGAUGACAUCAUCCACUUGAAGACCUAUGACAUGAAAAGAGUGUGUUUUAAAGAUGCCUUCUUCUCCCUCCUUCCAAGAAUGAGAUACGGCCUCUUUUACAAUACGCCUCUUGUGUCCGACUGCUACAGUGAAGGGAUGUUUAGGGCCUUCUCCCAGCAUGUCCUGCAUCGACUGAACGUCCCGCGAGAGCGGCCUAAGGAGGGGCGUGUUCGUGUCACCCUGCUGGCACGCAGCACAGAAUACAGAAGGAUAUUAAACCAAGUGGAGCUGGUAAAUGCCCUCAAGACUGUUCCUUUACUGGAGGUCAACGUGGUGGACUACAAAUACAAGGAUGUUCCCUUUCUGGCGCAGCUGAGGAUCACAAGUAACUCUGACAUCUUUAUCGGGAUGCAUGGGGCGGGUCUCACGCACCUCCUCUUCCUCCCCGACUGGGCAGUGGUCUUUGAGCUAUAUAAUUGUCAGGAUGAGAGCUGCUAUCGAGAUUUGGCUCGACUUCGGGGCAUUCGAUACGUGACUUGGCAGAAAAUGGACAAAGUGCACCCACAGGACACGGGUCACCACCCAACCCUCGGGGACCAUCCAAAGUUCACCAACUACUCCUUUGAUGUGGGGGAGUUCAUGCGCCUCGUGCUGGAGGCAGCGGCUUACGUCACACACCAUCCCAAACGGCAGCGCCGUGGCCUCCGUGAUGAACUCUAGAGUCGCUGUGAGUGUAGGACGCAGACGUCCGCCCACCGAAGAACCGGGAACACGAACCUGCCGUUCUUCCGGAUCCGAAGACCUCUUCCCGUUGAGUCAUUUUAAAUGUUUUUUUUUUUUUUUUCAAAGUGACCUCUUCCGACAGUGGUUCUGGUAGUUUGUCACCUCAUUUUUGCGCUGCUCUGGUAGGUCUGGUUGGGUGAAAGUACGAAUGGCGGAGGACUCUGGGUUGGACAGCCUCCACCAGCUCUUAUUAGUGUCACAUCAGUUAAAAGACGAGGCGUGUGCAGUCACAGCAUCUGGAGAGCGAUAAGACGUGUCCUAUGUUUCCUCAUUACCGCUGCUGCGUCUACUUCAUUCCACGCCGACAAAGUUAGCUAAUGAACAGCUGUUACUGCGUCCCUUCACACGCGACAUCUUGUCACAUUUCAUCAGUGUCACCUUGAUGCCAGCCCCUCAGAGCUAUUGACAAUCCCACCAAAGUUUCUGAGCAUAUAUCCAGCAUUACUCCAGUCUAAUGUGACGAGCAGUAUUCACACGCAGGAUUCAUGCAGCAACAGCUUUUUUUGCAUUUAGUUUGACAUUUGAAUUGAAGUUCUUGAAGUAUCUCUAAUGGUGAUAGACAGGAUUGUGUCUUUCUUUAUAGUUAACAUGUUCUCCUUCGAAAAUCGUUACAUUCGUUAUUUAAACGUGUAUGUUUGUUGGUUUGAUACAUUGUCAGUAUUGGUAAAAUGACCAGGGUGCUGCUGGUGACAUUACCUUUUUUAGACCUGUGAAUGUUAGAUUUUAUAUUUUAGGUCAAUUUGACUGAAGUGGAAAUAAGCACAAUCGGCAUGCGGUCUGAUGCAAUGCACAGGAGUAUUUUAAGCGAACUGCUUUCGUGUUACCUGCCCUCUCUGAGUGUGAUGUUUUAUUUAUCAAUAAACCCUCUUUGGUCAGGUCAUAGCUUGACUCGUAGGCAAUUUCAUAUUCAGAAGCUGUGAAAUAUCAUAAAAUAAAUUAUGCUUAAAAAUGCUGCAGAAUGUCUUCUUUUCUGUGCUGGCCAUAUUUGGCAUCAGAAAUGUAAUCCAUCUAAAUUUAGUCAAUCAUCUUUCGAACUCUGACCUUGGAGGGGAAAAACUGGAGGCCGUUUCUUGGUGACACCAGACAGCUCUUUGCUGUGCGCUUCAUUAUUUCAGUGAGUUUAGGUCAGAGGAGGGACAGGCUCCCCGCAAAAGGGCACUUGUCCAGUUUUUACUGUCACCAUAAUAAAUCUGAAUGACCUCAAAAACGACUCUGCCGAAAAGUGACUCAUUGGCGCCACAGGGGGGCAGUACAACAUCACAUAUGAGUCCUGCGCCGAAUGCUCGUCCCUGACAGACUUGUUCCAAACAGUGUUGAGGGUGAGAACAAUCCAUUCCCAAAACCCAUCCAGCGGGUCAUGAGAAGUCGCUGUUUGUUUAAGUGUUUGCUCCAAUAUCGCAGGUUUGAUGUCAGCCGCCGCGCUUCGGUCCACUUUAUUGGGGGUAUUGACAGACACCGGGCCUGUCUGGGAUGCACACUAUUUAUGGCCGUGCUCGGGUUUCUGCCUGUGGCCUCGUAAAGGAAUGAAGAAUAUCUAUGCGGGAGGAUGGGUGUGGGGAUCAGCAGAGGAACCAAGAUGUCUAUUCUCAUUAACCUCCAUGGCGGCCUUUUUUUUCUUCUUCACAUCGCAAAGCCUUCCUGUAUCCAAAGUGGAGCACUUGGAGUGGAAGAGAUGACGUGAGAAACCCAUCGGGUCACCUAACCCACCUUUCAAUUUCAAGUGGAAAGCGUGAAGAAGAAAGCUUAGGUUCAAUGCCAUCUCCUCUGUGUGGUCCCAGCAAUUCGUCGGCGUGGCAGACGGGCGCCUCUGUGAACCGGCGCCCGUUGACGCGUCAGGACAGAAGAGCUGAUUGUAAGAAAGGGCCGAGGUGUAAUCACCGCGGUGGAAGCUGUGAGUAAAGUCAUUAUCGCGUUUGAGCUGUAAUUCACACUUUGGAAUUAGGAGUUGUUUUAGCGUGUUGUGAUUUCAUAAUGUGAUAUAUCUCACUACAGCUGCUUGGUUUGACUGUUUGUGCCCUAUUUUAGGUUUGUUUGACAUCUUCACUGCCCCUGCAGUGCUAUUCUGAAUAUUCUGCUCAGUGCACACCAACAUGUGUUGGCUGUAUUUCUUUAAUUAUAGCGCAAAGGUCAUUAUUCUUUGCGUUUUACAAUGUGACCAUUGGCAUAAUUUAAAUAAACUCAAAAGAAAAACGUG